CUCACUCUGAUCCGCUGCAGUGAGUGGACGAGCAGAAACCGACCAACUGUCAUGAAAGAGAAAGGGCCAUUUGCUCAGGAUGACCCGGGUGCUCUGGGAGGGAAGCGGAUCAUCCCGUGCUUCAGGUGUGGGGAGUCAUGCAAAGGACAGGUGCUGCGAGUCCAGAACAACCACUUCCACAUAAAGUGCUUUACCUGCAAGGUGUGUGGCUGCGACCUGGCUCAGAGUGGCUUCUUCAUGAAGAACAGUGACUACUUCUGCCCGCUGGACUUCCAGAGGAUUCACGGCACGCUCUGCAACAACUGCGGGGAGUUUGUGGAGGGACAGGUGGUCACAGUUUUGGGGAAGACCUAUCACCCAGCCUGCUUUGUGUGCACCGGUUGCAAACAGCCCUUUCCUGCUGGGGAUUGCGUCACCUUCAGUGGAAAGGACUGCCUCUGUCAGCGAUGUAUCCGGCCCGUGUCUCCAGUUCUUAGUCCUAAAGACAUCAGCUCUUUUAAUAACUGCUCUGGCUGUGGUAGAGACAUCAAGAACGGCCAGGCUCUGUUAGCGCUGGCGGGCCAGUGGCACCUCGGCUGCUUCAAGUGUAAAACCUGCAGGAAGGUGCUGAGCGGAGAAUAUAUCAGCAAAGACGGCGUUCCCUAUUGUGAGAGGGACUACCAGUUUCAGUUUGGGGUGCAAUGUGACGCGUGUCAGAGGUUUAUUACAGGAAAAGUCCUGGAGGCAGGGGAGAAACAUUAUCACCCCAGCUGUGCAAGAUGCAGCCGAUGUGAGAAAAUGUUCAAAGAAGGCGAAGAAAUGUUUCUGCAAGGAUCAACAGUUUGGCACCCGCACUGCAGAAGCAACAGCAGAACUGAUGACAGUUACAUGGUCAGCAGACCAAAAACACCUUGUCUUGAUUUCUUUUUCCCCCAACAAAAAGUGAAGCCCACUAGAUCCUCAUCGGAAAGCUCCAGUUCCCGGCCGGGUUCAUGCACCCCGGGGAGUCCUGGACGAACCAUCUGUGCAAAAGUAGAUAAUGAGAUCAUUGAUUACCGAGAUUUAGCAGCCAUUCCCAGAGUCAAGGCUAUAUAUGAAAUAGAGCAUCCUGAUAUGAUGUCUUAUAAGUCUGUGAACGACAACUCCUCUUCUUUGGACAACAAGGGCAACAGACAGGACAGGCGAAGCUGUGCAGAGUCACCAGAAAGCGUAUCUGAAACCACAGAGGAGAGUUUUGAAAUCAAAAAGUCCAUACCCGCAUCUGCAAGCCAGGGAUCGUUCGGGGUUCAAUCACUGCACAAUCGUCACAGCUACACUCCGUCUCUGUCCAGAUCACCGCAGCACUUCCACCGGCCAGCAGACGAAGGCUUUAAUAUGUACAGACGGCCUCCAAUUUAUAAACAGCAAGAUCCAAAUUCCUCUACAUCACAAACAGCCUCUUUGCCUGGAUACGGUCGCAAGGGCCUCAAUCCGCCACGGUCAGCUGAUUACUCCCAUUACAGCAGUGACAGAUUUAAAGACUUUAAGCUCACCCAUGACGGUCAAUAUCCAUUAGCACGAAUGGACAGAGGAGUGUCCAUGCCUAAUUUGUUGGAACUGAAAGUCUACCCAUAUGAGCUGCUCUCAGUUGGGAGUCGAGGCCGGGUGAAGCUGCCCAAGGAUGUAGACCGGACAAAACUUGAGCGUCACCUAUCCCCGGCUUCAUUCUUUGAGGUUUUCGGCAUGGGCUUCCAAGAAUUUAACAUGCUUCCACUAUGGAAACGAAAUAACAUGAAGAAGCGUGCAAAUCUCUUCUGAGUGCUGCCUGAUGCAUGCUUUGACUCGUGGUUAAUGUGCAGUAAAUAUUGUGUUCUGAUGACCCCUUACGUUUAUUUCUAAAAAACUAGGCACGCUUUUGUGUUUCCCAGUUACCUUAUGUGGGUUAUUGUUAGGAACAUUGUUAAUAUGUCAAAUCAAAAAUGAACUUGAGAACUCAACUUACUAUAUUGCCUUCACUAAUAGAUAGCCAUUAUUAUUUUAUAUUUUCAGCCCAAACUCAUUAGGGAAUAUGUUCAUAUUGGAUGAUGCAGAUGUUUACAAUCUCCAAUUAUCCUAAAUGCAACAGGAAGUGUGGCAUCAAGAACAGAGACAGUCACGUGUUAAUUGUUGACUUCAGGCACCAGACUGUGUUUGUGAGAAUAACUCAUACAGACAACCUCACCUAAUCUUAACCUCUAAUAUUUUAAUUGGCUUUACACAACGCUUACAGUGGUUAAGUUCAAAUCAUUAGCAAAAGGCUCAUAUUUUGUUUAUUUUGCAAAACUCUGGAUUAUGAUCAGUGACACCAUUUUAAAGGGGAAUGUAUGCUAAAAAUGAUGUAUUGCACAUGGCAACUGGAAGAAAUGGUUAGCUUGAUAAUGUUUUUUCUCCAAGAUUUUCUGUUUGCCCUCUGAAAAUUCAAGUUUUCUUAAUUUUAAAACAUAUGGUUUGAAAAGCAGAACCACAGAUAAUAUAAUCGCAAACUAUUUUGACAAUAAUCGCUGGGUGUCUCAUGCAAAAACGGAAACCUAUUUUGUAUCCUAUUAAACUGAACAUUUAAAUACAUCACCUUGGGACUUUCAGCAAAUGGGUUUGGAAUUUUUUUCUUAAGAUGUUCAGAAUGUUUAUAGACCAAGCAAUAUAUUUAGAGGGUAUUUAUGGAAUUUAAAGUCCAUAAAGGCUGUGAGGCUAGCUCAAGUUGACUUGUCUUUAAUUAAAAGCCUUUGUAGAUCAUUAUUAGUACACUUUAAUGUACGUCAUGAUACCUGAUGUAUGCUGCAGUGAUUAGGUACAUGUCUUCAUGUCAAUAACACGUCAUUCUGAUAAAUGAUGUGACAAUGUUUUCAUGUCUACUUCUAUAAACUGUUUUAGUUCUGUUAUUUAUUUAAUCACACUUUGUUGUCUCCUGAAUACACAAUUGUUAACAUAUGGCUGUAAAGCAACAUUUUUGAGUGACUAAAUGAUCACUGGAAUGUGCCUAAUCGAACUUUUGAACGAUUAGGGGAAUUUGACCCUUUUUGUUUUGUUUUAUGUUUUCCCCUGACUUUUUACUGUAUGUGUUACCUUCUCACUGCUGUCCCAGCACAACACCUCAAGCGCCCUAAAUAAAGUGUUGCACUUCUUCCAA